AUGCCUACAUCAUUUAUCAGACGACUUGCACAGCUAGUACAGCCGCUAUAUCGAAGACCGUCUCACGUCUCGCAAACAUUUAAACGCGCUAUGGGGAUCGACGGGAACAACAUACUAGCCGAAAGUUUGAAAAAACAGGGUGUUGAAUAUGCUUUUGGAAUUGUUGGUAUUCCUGUAAUUGAAACAUCUCUUGCAUUUCAAGCAGCUGGAAUUAAAUAUAUAGGAAUGAGAAAUGAGCAGGCAGCUUGCUAUGCUGCACAAGCUGUUGGCUUUUUAACAGGCAAGCCAGGUGUUUGUCUGGUUGUAUCUGGACCAGGACUUUUGCAUUGUAUUGGAGGAAUGGCUAAUGCACAAGUUAAUUGUUGGCCACUUUUGGUUAUUGCCGGUUCUUGUCCAGAAGAUCAUGAGGGAAUUGGAGGCUUCCAAGAGUGGCUCCAGGUGGAAUCGAGCCGUAUGUACUGCAAGUACGCAGCACGGCCGCCUUCGCCCCACCUCAUCCCACUGCACGUUGAGAAAGCAGUCCGAUACGCGUCUGUUGGUCGACCUGGAGUUUCUUACCUGGACAUGCCCGCUACAUUACUUACGGCCGAAACUGAUGAAGAGAAAGUACCGUUAGAUUAUUAUAAGGCGGAUCCCGUGAGACUGGCGCACCCUGACCCGGCUCUGGUGGAAAAAGCCGCAGAUUUAUUAUCAAAAGCUGAAAGGCCUCUCAUCGUCGUGGGCAAAGGAGCUGCUUUUGGAAGAGCGGAAAAUGCUGUGAGAAAACUCGUGGAAAACACCCAAAUUCCAUUUUUACCCACGCCUAUGGGCAAGGGCGUGGUGUCGGACGCGGCGGCGCAGUGCGUGGCGGCGGCGCGCACGCACGCGCUGCUGCGCGCCGACGUGCUGCUGCUGCUGGGCGCGCGCAUGAACUGGAUGCUGCACUUCGGGCAGGCGCCCAGGUACGCGCCAGGUGUUAAGAUUAUACAGGUGGACAUUUCUCCAGAAGAAUUCCAUAACAGUGUGAAGUCAGAGGUAGCAGUACAUUCCGAUAUCAAUCCGUUUGUUGAAUCUCUCACGGAAAAGCUAAAGGAGAGAAAAUUCUCUCUGCAAACUAACAGUGCUUGGUGGCAGGCAUUGAAGGAAAAACAGAAGAAAAACACGGAAUUUGUUGAGGCCCAAGCUAACGACAAAUCGUUACCAUUAAACUACUACGCGGUAUUCAAAACAGUGCAAGCGAACAUUCCAAAGGAUUCGAUCAUAGUGAGCGAAGGCGCCAACACCAUGGACAUCGGGCGCGGCAUGCUGCUGAACACCCGGCCGCGGCACCGCCUCGACGCGGGCACCUUCGGCACUAUGGGCGUGGGCCCCGGGUUCGCGGCGGCGGCGGCGCUGUGGUGCCGCGACCGCGCGCCCGGCAAGCGCGUCGUCUGCGUCGAGGGCGACUCCGCUUUUGGUUUCUCAGGUAUGGAAGUAGAGACCAUGUUUCGUUACAAGCUGCCAGUGAUCAUUGUUAUAGUAAAUAACAAUGGCAUAUACAGUGGUUUUGACGAGCAAACUAUGAAAGACAUUCAAAGCAACGGUGACAUUACUCAGUGUACUCCUCCAACAUCAUUGUCAGUUGAAGUUAGAUACGAGAAAAUGAUGGAAAUGUUCGGUGAAAAUGGAUAUUUCUGUCGCACUGUUGAAGAAAUUGAAGCUGCCAUCAAAUCAGCCAUAGCUGUUACAGAUAAACCCAGUAUCAUUAAUAUCGCUAUCAACCCUCAGGCUAGUAGGAAACCACAAACGUUUAACUGGCUCACAGAAUCCAAAUUA